AGUAAAAGUUCAUCAUUAUUUUAUUGCGGAAGACAAUUUUUAAAAAAAAAAGUGUAAUGGCAAACAGACCAAAACCAACAAGGCCCCCACCAUUGGUACCAAAACCAGGUCAAGUUAAAGUUGUUCAAGCCAUGUUUCGUUAUGAAGCUCAACAGGCUGAUGAGUUAACUUUUGAUGAAGGAGAUUUAUUGUAUAUAAUAGAUAUGACAAAUAGUGAUUGGUGGAAAGCUAAAUGUGGUAAAAAAGUGGGUUUGAUACCAAGUAAUUAUGUGAGUGAAAACACAGAGUCUAUAGAUCAUCCACUGCAUGAGGCAGCUAAAAGAGGAAAUAUGGAUUUUUUAAUGGAGUGUAUUGGAAAUAGGGUAUCUGUUAAUGGUUUAGAUAAAGCAGGUUCAAUACCAUUACAUUGGGCUGCUCAUGGUGGUCAUAUUGAAUGUUUAAAAGCUUUGCUUAAUGUUGCUAAUUGUCAAGUAGAUGUAAAAAAUAAACUAGGUGAUACACCAUUACAUUCUGCAGCAUGGAAGAAUCACAGUGCUGCUGUAGAGAUAUUAUUAAAUGUAGGAGCUAACCCUAAUAUACGUAACAACGAUGACAAAUUACCUAGUGAAUUAGCUAAAGAUCCUGAAACAGCAGCAUUAUUAAGAGAAGCAGCUGGUAAUAGAUCAUUAAGAUAUGAAGAAGGUUAUGUUGAUGAAGAAGAUUCAGAUUAAUAAUUAUUACUGGUAUAUUAUUUUAAUGUCAUUGUAUAUUUGUACAUUUCACCUAACAUUGAAUUUAUAUUCACUGAAAGAGUCACCUAUAGCCUCUUUGACUGUGAUGUUUUUAAAGAAUUGUUGAGAGGUUUUCUAAAUAAUUGAUAUGUAUCGGGGACAAUUUUCAGUCAGAUGUUUGUGGGUCCUGCAAUUUCACUAAAUUUAAGUGUUUGAUGACAUCACUUAUGGCAAAAUAUGCUUUUAUUACGUAAGGGCCUAUGUGACUAGUGAGGUCAUACAACCCUUAGUUUUAUUGGAAUUGAAGGAACCACAGAUGUCUAACUGAAAAUUGGCAUGGUGCAAAUUGAGGAUAUCAUUGUCCCCAAUACACAUAAAAAAAAUUAGAAAACUUUUUUACAAUCCCUUUAAGAAUGAUUUAGGCCUGUUUAAAUUGUCCAUUUUGUCAUCUAUGCAUUGGACUUUAUAUAUUUGUCAAUAGUAAGGACUUUUGUAUAAUAUUGAAUAUUUCAUUCUGUGUAUUGGAGAUCUUAAUGGAAAAUAAUUUAACAUCAAAAGCUUAAAAUCUCUUUCACAGUCAAGUAAAGUUUCUGAUAUAUUCUAAUUUUUAUGAGAUAUUGAUGCAUAUCCUGGAACUAGUGUAAAUUUUAAGACAAACAGUCCACUUAAUCCAUAAGUAGUUUAGGCUAAAAAAAUACAUAUAUUUCUUCUAAAUUUAAAAUUUUUAUUCAAUUACUCUCUUCAAAUUUUAUAAUAUAUAGUUUUAUUUAUUUUAUUAUGAAUGUUUAUAAUUAUUUAUUCAGUAUAUUUGACAGUAUUUGUUAUCUAAUAUAUCAUGUAAAUCUCUAUUUUUUCCUUUUUGUAUUCUAUGUGAGGUGAUACAUUAUGUCAUAAUUUUUUUUAUUGUCAUUGAAUCUUUCAUAAUCUAAGAACGGAUAGAGAACUGCAGCUUGUUUUCAGAAAGCUCAAUCAACUUUGGAUUCAAGAAUCAAAUUAUUCAAGGAAUGGGAUUGGUUUAUAUUGUUCUUUUGAACAAUUAUCAAAUUCUUUGAUCUACAAUAAUGAUGAUUGUUUUGCAAUUAUUUUUUACUGAACACAUUUAAGACAUGUUACCUCCAUUAAUAUGUUCAAGAUUGUCACAUGUGGACAUGAAUUUAAUUUUUUCUGAAAAUAUUUUUUACAGAUAGUUUAUCAUCAUUGUUUCUUUGUGAAAAGAUAUGAGGUAGACCACUUCACAUAUGUAAUUUCUUUUUAAAUUUUAUAAGAUAAUGUCUAAAAUCAGUUUUUUAAUGUAGAACAAACUUUGAAAAUUUAUUAAAGAUAUAAGAAAAUUUAUGCUAAUAAAUCAUUGAAGUGUUGAUUCUAGCUAGCACAUAUAAAUAUGAAUACCUCAACAUUCCUUAUUAUUUGCAUAUUCUUAAAUUUUCUUUAAUUCAUUUAUUCAGCACAACCUAACACCUGCCACCUAUUGUAGGCAAUAUUAAGGCAACUUACCUGUUUCAACCUGUGUUCAAUGUGCCCUCCAUCUUCUUUGACAACUAUAAUGCCUUCCAGUUCAUGUUCAGUAAGUCAACAGCAUCUUGAAGUAUAUCUGGGAGAAUUGUUGAAAGAGGUCAGUUUACAGCUGAGAUACUACCAGUCGUACUUUGGGUCAUUUUUUUUUUAAAUUUAUAUUGGAACACCCGAACAUAUAUAUAAUAUACUAAAAUCUGAUUAAAAUGCAAAACUGAAUGUUUUGUAUUGUGUUUUUUUCUGUUGGGAACUCCACUUGUCAUCCAUGAUCUAACACUGACUUACACUGUAUAACCACUUUAAAAAGCAAUUUUCAAUUCCGACGAUUUUGGAUGCUAAUGAGUCCAAAUACCAAAGGAUGUGGUUUAAAGAAGAAUCUUGUCAAAUUAUGGAUUUUACUCAGAUUGCAUAUACUAUUCAGUGGUCCAGAUCAUCUGUUAUUCAGUUACAUUGUAGUUGAUUUUAUAGAAUAUACUGUAUAUCUCCACAUCACCCUUAUAUUUUAUUCAAGGUAAUAAAGUUUUUGAUUUUU